CGUGACGCAGACUAGAAGCGUGUAUCCAGCAGACAACUUUCACUUUUCGGUUGAGCGCCAAGUUGAAUGGAUCGUUGUCGAUAUGCCCCCCAAAAAAGUUUACAAUAAAGGUGGUGGACAUACACCAAAUCAAAAAUCAGCAGCAAAAAUCACCAAAAAGUACAAAACAUGUGGAAAGAGAAUGUCUCCACAGAGAAGGGAGAAAGUCAGAAGGGCACUGUAUGAUCCUACUGUGGAUGUUGGAAUGGUGAAGUCCAAGAGUUCAGCUUCAAGAAAAGUUAUAAUUGACAAAUGUGUUGUGAAAGGCUAUCAUGCCUUUAAAAUCCGUCCCCCCUUUACAUCUCCUCCAACUCGUUUACUUGUUGACAGGGAAUAUUCAAACAUCAAAGAUGACAAUGCUUGUCUGGUGUGGCUGCCGCCAUUGAACAAAUUUCCCCAACAUAUUCAUAAUGAUAUUACAGAUGAAAAACGCCAACUGAAAGUUAGUGACAUAGCUGGUCUACCUAUCGGACAUGUACCCAGGUGUCUUUCUGCACAUUUUCGUAAUAUUUUGGAUAAUGGUGGUGAAAUAUUUGCUGAAGUGACUGGACAGCCAGUGCCAAGUUUUCAUCCAUGGCCAGAACCUAAUAAGGAAGGGGGUGGUGUUGUUCUUCCUUGCAAGUAUAUACUUGCAAAUGUAGAUGGUGAAAAUUUGUUUAAUGAACUGAAAGAUUUCUUUUCAAAAUUAGAAGAGGGUGAUGCAAUGGAACUGUACAAAUCAUGAUUAAAUAAUACACAGAAUGUAUUACCCCAAGUUUGGCAUCACUGAGUCCUCAAAUAAUUGUUAUGCAUGUCCUUUUUCCUGUAUCCUUUCAUCUGUGUUUAUAAUUACAGGAAAGUUUGUUCAUGUAUCUCAUAAAAUUAAUAAUAAUGAUGACUUAGAUUAACUUGAAACUAAUUGAUUUUUUUGUUUUGUAGAUCCAAGAUAGUCGUUUUUUUUAUCAACUAGUCAUUUUUUAAAAUGAAUUCAUUGUUUGCUUUUUUAUUAUUAUUUGUCGGGUGCAAUAAAAUGAACACUACUCAAAAAAAUUAUAUUAGCCUUUCUAUUUUUCUUGUUUAUAUUUUAUCAUGUUUACAGACCUUGUAAAACGUAAAAAGUGUAUUUUGACACCGCCCCUCACAAAGAGAAUCAGCUGUAUGUCACGUGAUUCGGUAAUGGAGAAAAUGAUCCGCUAAAGGAGAAAACAUCGUUCAUCACAGUUCAGAGAUAUCUUUUUAUUUAAUCAGCGGUUAUUGGGGAAAUAUAUAUGAUGUUAUACGUCAAACAUAGUACCACCAAACAAUGUUGUAGUAUGAAUUUAAUUCGAACUCAGGUAUGAACUAU